CAGAUCUGCUAUCCUGUACAGUGCCUCCAGUCAGAGAAAGAGAGACGAGUGUAACAACGAAUUGACAGGGAACUAAGUGAACUACCCACCUCCCUACUAACUAUUGGGCGAGCACCCAGCGGUGAUCCAAAUCUACGGCUAGACGCACACCCACCCAUUGGUCUUGGGCUAGUUGGAGGGCGUGCCCGAUCAGGCCACUCUGCUGAAUCCAGCUCUCCAGGCUCUUCUUUUGGGUGGAGGGAGAACGAAGGAAAAUGGCGUAAUUUGAUCGACUAGUUGGAUCAAUCGAUGGCUGCCUGCUCUAGGAUUGACUAAUUGUUGGGGCCCAUUGGACGGUGGACCGCUCAGCACCCGCACCCGCCAUUGUCGCCGUGUUUGGGAUCUGUGGAUCUGCGGAUCUGCGGGCGGUGAUUGGGAUUGCCAGCGUGAUGUUAGAGCUCGACGUUUUGCCGGAGCAUGGACUCUAUAGUGAUCAAAUUGAAUUCAUUCUGGGCAUGCACUUCAGCCAUGCCGUGGCCUCGAUUCAGGCCUUGGUGGGUUGUGUCAAGGGUGUCCAGAUCUUGUACAGUGAUGUAGAUGCCUUGAACGUGGACCUCGUGGUCAACCUGACUCAAGAUGGUAUUCACCUGGUCUUUGAUCCGGUCACCCAACGGCUCAAAGUGAUUGAGGUUUACGAUCUUGCCUUGCUCAGACUAAAAUAUGGAGAUAUUCUAUUUAAUUGCCCCGAAGUGGCGCCCACCAUUGAACAAAUCGACCAAACCUUUGGAGCCACGCAUCCCGGUGUCUACGACGACGAAAAACAGGCUUUCACCUUGACAUUUCGCGGGUUAGCCUUCGAGUUCCCGGCUGACACCAAGUUCCAACCUACAUACGCUGGAAUUCGACAAAAGUUGGGUCAACUUCAAUUUCCACCUGGCGAGAGCCCUCACGUGUCCAAGAUGUCCAUUUAUUGCGGCAACAGCUUGUCGGAAUGCUCUGCCCCUUCGUUGCCCUUGCCACGGUAUCCCACCCUUUAUCAAGAUGGUCUCGAGAUCAUUCGCCGACAACGUCAAACCCUGGGCAUUCGUAUUCGUUUGGUUUCCGUGCCCAAUCUAGACGAGGGCGAUCGAAGUCCCACGGGAUCAGCCGGAGGAGGAGGAGGAGGAGGAGGAGGAGGCAGAGGUGCUGUUUCUUCUAGUGUGGAAAAUGUGGGUGGUGAGAGAGCGUGUCUGGAUUACCCUACCCCGCGAGAGAUUUACUUUGGAGAUUCGGUGCAAGAUGUGAUUGCGGCUGUGGGUGCACCCGCUCGGAUAUUCUAUAAAGCCGAAGAUAAAAUGAAGAUCCAUUCCCCCAAUGCGCACAAGAAGGCGGCCACCCAGAAAUCCGACUAUUUUUAUAAUUACUUCACGCUCGGAUUUGAUGUUCUGUUCGAUGCCAAGCGGAAUGCGGUCAAGAAAUUUGUCCUGCACACAAACUACCCAGGACACUACAACUUUAACAUGUACCAUCGUUGCCAAUUCGAGUUGCCACUUUAUCAGGAGAACUCAAGUUCAGGGACCCAACAAUACAUCUCAACUACCCCCAUCACCGUCACAGCCUUCUCCAAAUGGGAGGAAAUCUCGGACAAGAUGAAGCCGAGCGAGCGACCCGUGGUUCUGAACCGCGCCUCCUCCACCAACACCACCAAUCCCUUUGGCUCCACCUUCUGCUACGGCUAUCAAGACAUCAUUUUUGAGGUCAUGCCCAACGGACACCUAGCCAGCCUCACUCUGUACGCAUUGGAUGGAGGUCGACGAGGUCGGAGGUCUUUGGGAGAAUUCCAGGGCCUAGAGGCGUGACGGUGGGUCUCUCCCGAGGCUAUGGAGGAACUGAAAGCAAUCGGGAGAUCCAUUCUCGUUCCCGUGACCUGAGAACAAUGUAGACAGUGUACUGCCUGCUUGAUCGAGUGAUGUUGAUAUCCAAGAUCUCGUCGGAAAGAUGAAGAUGAAUCAAUCAGGCUUCGAAGCCUUAAACAAGCUCUUAUAAUUAGAGUUUUGCCCUUUGCUUGUCCUGGACCCUUGGGGUUUGUCCCUGCCGAUAAAAUAUCCUCUAGGCGAGAAUUGUUCCACAAAGCACUACCUUAUCUCCCGAUCGCGAAUAACAUCUUUCUUUCGAUCGGUUUCUUUCCUUCUCUGCUUUUCUCUUCACAUGUUUACGUAUACAAUAACUAAGCAUGAUAGACAUUGAGUUGAAAAAAUGCUAGUUGCCUCGCGAAGAAGCCCUUUGUUCUGAUCCCCUUUCUGCAAAUCUACAAAUGACACAAAUAUAAUGGGAACUAUAUCCCUUGCAUUGUUUUGGUUCCAAUGACACAUUCACUUGCUAUGUCUUCACAUGAUAAAAAUACAUUCUGGAAAAACCUCAUAAAAAUUUAAAAAACAACCAUUAAAAACCUCUAUCCUUUUGUCACAUCGAGUUGUGCAAAAACAAAAAAGAACCACUCUCAUUGUGUAGAGUGGAAUUCAUAACAUGAUCUUGUUCAGCAUGGGUAACCAACGGAAGGUUGGAAUGCUCGUUCAUCAUUUGAGUGGUGGAGUAGUAUUUUACUUGAAUCGCUCUUGCAUACUUCCCUAUGUUUACACCUUCGUUCAGUAACAAUAAUAAUAAUGAUAAUAUUGGUUCUUUUGCCAAGAGCAUUUGCUUACUUAAAUCUGGCAACGUUCCCUAGUUUGCAUACUUUUGAUCCCACGAAAAUCAAAUCCGAAAUAGCUGUGACAUCAACCCAUUUUUCAUUGC